CACAGCAACUCGCUUCAAGUUCCCUCCCUCGCUCUCUGGGGAAGCCUGCUUGAGUCCUCCCAUUCGGUGCAGACUGAAGCAUCGAGGGCCGCCUGCUAGCCGGGGCUCUCCACCGCCUUGCGUCCUGGGCCCGCUGGGCUGGCCCGGUCCACUCUCUGCUUGUGGUCCCGCUGAGGUGGCGACGAGGACUAGGCGGCCCCUGCGGCCCGCACUCGGUCGUCCAGAGGCACCAGCAGCCUGGUUCCCGUGUCUCGCGGGGCCGACUCUCCCUCCCCGCCAUCCCCGGGAACCUGACGCCAGGCUCGGGCUGCACUGCCGGAGACCAGGGAGAGCAAUCGAGAAGUUCCCAGUUGGAUUCUAGAGGACCUGCCCUCGUCGUUCUGAGCCUUGGAUUGGAAGUUAGCAAGACUUUCUAAGGCCUGAAAAGGAAAUAAAAGAUUUUUCUUGCUGCAGAGAGUACUUUAAGAAAGGAAGUCUUCCCUGUGACUUCUGCCUACCAUCCAUAAAAUACUCAUUCCUUUUCAGCUCUGCCUGCAGUUGAACACAAAGAGCUGGAGGAGACUCCCACAUCCGCGGGGAGAAGAAAGGAGGAGGCGGAGCAGAUUCCAGGAACUUGUGGCUCGUGGCCUUUUUGUACCAGGGCUGCCUGAAAGGGGGAAAGUGACUUACAGCGGCGGCGGCGGUUAAUGGGCUGUGAGAUGAGGCGCUGCUGCUACCGCCGCUGCUGACACUGAGGUUCCAGGGUCCGUCUGCUGCCCUUUGUGCUCCGUGUACAUGUGUCUAUUCAGCGCAUCCGGAGGCGCCCAGAAGAAAAUCCAACACGGCCGCCGGGGAGAGACCACCCACCAUGCCCACGGAGACCCUACAGACAGGUAGCAUGGUGAAGCCGGUCAGCCCCGCGGGCACCUUCACCUCCGCGGUGCCCCUGCGCAUCCUCAACAAAGGGCCCGACUACUUUCGCAGGCAGGCCGAGCCCAACCCCAAAAGACUCAGCGCCGUGGAGAGGCUGGAAGCGGACAAGGCCAAGUACGUCAAGAGCCAGGAGGUCAUCAACGCGAAGCAGGAGCCCGUGAAGCCCGCGGUGCUGGCCAAGCCCCCGGUGUGCCCGGGCGCCAAGCGCGCGCUGGGCAGCCCCACGCUCAGAGUGUUCGGGCCCAGCGCCAAGACCGAGAGCGGCGUGCAGAGGGAGACCCUGAAGCUCGAGAUCCUGAAGAACAUCAUCAACAGCUCCGAAGGCUCCAGCUCGGGCUCCGGCCACAAGCACGGCUCCCGCAACUGGCCCCCCCACCGGCCGGACGCCACCGACCUGCACCGGCACUCCUUCGCCGAGUCCCUGAAAGUCUACCCGACGCAGGGCCGCGCGAGCCCGCAGGAGAGCAGCUCCCACGUGGGCAGGAGGCUGCUGGAGCAGACGGCAGAGUCCUUCCUCCACGUCUCGCACAGCUCCUCGGACAUUCGCAAAGUGACCAGCGUGAAGCCCUUGAAAGCGAUCCCCUGCAGCAGCUCCGCCCCUCCGCUGCCGCCCAAACCCAAGGUGGCCGCCCUGGCCACCACGAAGUCCCCCGAGGCCGACCCCGUGGAACCCGCCUGUGGAGUGAGCCGAAGGCCCUCCCUCCAGCGCUCCAAGUCGGACUUGAGUGACAGGUAUUUCCGGGUGGACGCGGACGUGGAGAGGUUCUUCAACUACUGCGGCCUGGACCCCGAAGAGCUGGAGAACCUCGGGAUGGAAAACUUUGCAAGGGCUAAUUCCGACAUCAUAUCCCUCAACUUCCGCAGUGCAAGCAUGAUCAGCUCGGACUGUGAACAGUCUCAGGACAGUAACAGUGACCUUAGAAAUGAUGACAGUGCCAAUGACCGGGUGCCGUACGGCAUUUCUGCCAUCGAAAGAAAUGCCAGGAUCAUCAAGUGGUUGUAUAGCAUCAAACAAGCUAGAGAGUCACAGAAGGUCUCCCACGUGUAAGAGCAAGUGCGUGCGAAGGAGGGAGGGGUGGGUCUCUGUCUGUGCAUCCGCCGUUGUGAAGGUUGUGAGGUCUCCUUGAAGUGUCGUGAGCUUCUCCACUCUCUUUGUGUUGCUUGUUGUGCAAUGUUUUCCAGUUGCAUGCCUGUCAACCUGGGGACUGACCUGGCGUCCACGUCGACCGUGGCCGCAGAGCCCGGCUGAGCACACGGUCCUCUGCCAAACGUCUCCGGCCAGAAUCCGAUUAGGGCUUUGAUCUCAAGCUAAACUGUUUACACGAAAACGGUAUACAACUCCUUCAAUAUUUAUGUGGUUCUUGUGUUUUCUAUCCCGCGCUAUUGUGUCUUAAUUAAAAGUUUUAUCAACUGGCUUUUAAAUUGAGAGUAGAAUCUUUUUGAAAUGAAAAGCCAAUUUGCCUACAUGUGAGACCAAAACGAUGGGGAAAUAAAUGGGUACUGCCCUCAAGCAGAGAGAAUGACUGACCUGAGAUAGAACCAGGCUGGGCUUUCUGAGGAGGAAAGUGGUAAGCCUGAUGUUGAACACGUACACGUGGCAAUUCUCUUGCCACUUGCUUAAAGCGACGAUUGGGCAAGGAUGCUACAUUCUGUCUUCUAUUCAGUGUGUAAAUAAAUAUCGGUGGUUCUGUGUAAUACUGACCCCAAGAAAAGACAGUAGUCAGAUUCGAGGAAGGCGAUUAGAUCUGGGAGGUUGAAUAUCCAGGGUAUUGUUGAUAUUUUUCUGAUUUGGGUUCAUUCAGAAAUUUCUACUAUUAAUCUUUUGACAGGAAUGACCACUCUACACCUGUUACUUGAUGUCUUAAAAUUUGGGGAGGUUUGAUUUUUGUUUUUGUUUUUCUCUUUGGUCAAUAACUAAUUCUACGCUGACUCCCUGCUUCCCUUCCGUUAUUGUUGUUUUAUUUGGAAGAGGGAAGUGGGGUUCGUGCAGGUUUGCGCUAUCUGAAGACAUGAACACAAACGGAAAUACCAGCCAUAUCAGUGUGUAGAGCCUCCUCUUCAACAGUGCACACCUUUGGUAGCUGAACCAUAACUGAGCAGUGUGAUUGUGUUGUCUUGCAUAUGUUACUCUCUCAAGCUGUGGACCUUUGUUACGGCCCUAGGAAACUAGAAACACAGCGCUAUGUAGUUCCCCCCUCCAUGGUCGCCAGUGCUGCAUACGAUUUGUUCCCUUCUUUCCCCAAUAACCUGUCUUCCAGUUGGCUGUCCACCCGCUGACAGCUGUGGUGGGGUAGCAGAGAGUUAACACGUUCAGCCGCCCACUUCAUUGCUCUUGUAGUUAUGCUCUGAAGUUCAGGAGCACUGCCACAGGCUUCGUCAGCUUAUAAGAAACUUUUUAUGGUGUAAAUGCUGUAAGACUUUGUACAUACUUCAGUUGUUACGAAAUCUUGAAGAAAAAAAGAAAAAGUUACGCUAAUAAAUAGCUCUGGUGCAGGCA